AUGCUCAUCAUCCCUACCAAAACCUCGCACAAGAAGCCCUACCCGGCCAUUUCUCCUGAGCGAGCUGAGCUAUCUCAAGCAAGCAGAACGAUACUCGUAACUGGAGGCGGAUUAGGCAUUGGAUUCGCCAUAUGCAGGGCUUUUAUCGCUGCUGCUGCAUCUCGGAUCAUCAUCGUCGGACGCCGCACUUCUGUCAUUGACGAUGCUAUUGCCAAAUUGGCCGAUAUUGCCAAAAUCCAAGGCCGCGCUACUAUCUUUCUGGGAAAGCAAUGCGAUAUUGCUGAUUUAGACUCUUCCAAGGCUCUCUGGGAUCAGCUAGCAGAAGAGGGCAUCACCGUUGACACACUGGUGCUCAAUGCCGCAACUCAAGGUGGUCCUGGGCCGAUAUUGGAACGAGGAACUGCCAAAGUGUGGCAAGAUCUCGCUAUGAAUGUCCAGUCUACGAUCUAUUUCACGGAGCGGUUUCAUAAGCAGCCUAGUAACAAUAAGAAAUAUCUUGUCAACGUCUCAAGCAGAGUGAUCCACAAGUUUGACGGACCGGUCAGACUCCUUCCUUCUUACAGCUUCACAAAGAAUUCCGCCGCAUUCUUCCUCCAGCAGGUCGCGCUCCACGUUACAGCAGAGGACAUGCAGAUUGUGAGCUUCAACCCCGGAUCGAUCCUCACCGAUGCUACUAGGAGGGCUGGGUUUGACGAGACAAGUGGUAUUGACUUCGACGACGGUAUGAAAACAGAAUCUUCAUCGUUCCUUGCUGCUAGUGUGAGAAUACUAACUUUGUGCUGUACUGCAGAGAACCUCCCUGGUCACUUUGCCGUCUGGGCCGCCAGUCCAGAGGCGAAACUCUUACACGGCCGGUUUGUUUGGGCGCAUUGGGACAUUGAUGAACUGCUUUCGGGAGAGACUGCGCAGAAGCUGAAGACGGAUGACAAUUAUCUGCGACUUGGCGUUAUUGGGUUGGCUUAA